AUGGUCGUCCCUGCGCAGAUCCCAAAAACGCGCGUUUAUCGCAAAGCUCGCGAUUCUGAUAAAGAAGUUGAAAUUGAAGCAAAGCGAAAUGCGAGAAAUCGAGCAAGCAAGCCAAUGCCGGACGAUGUUAUACUAGAGAGGAUCCGACGAGCUUCCGGAAUCUCCGAAAACACGAAGCUCAACAUGGAAUACAUGUUCAGAAAACGGGUUCUAUCGCUGGGCGCUGAUGUCCUACCAGAGUACAAGCUUCAAAAGCCUCAAAUUUCUCCAUUCACGAUUCUUCACUACUCGCCUUUCAAGGCAAUAUGGGACUGGGUCAUACUGCUUCUGGUCAUUUACACUGCCAUCAUUACACCUUUCAUCGCCGUCUUCUAUCUCAACCUGGAUCACGAGAAUAUGCCCUGGCAAGCGAUGAAUUUGAAUUAUCUCAAUGGCCUCAAUAAUCCGAUCGUCAUCAUAGAGCUCAUCGUCGAUAUUAUGUUCAUCAUUGAUAUCGUGAUCAACUUUAGGACAACAUAUGUUAAUCAAAACGAUGAAGUGAUUUCCAAUUCCUGGAAAAUAGCAAUCCAUUAUUUCAAAGGCUGGUUUCUGAUCGACCUCGUCGCCGCGGUCCCUUUCGAUCUUCUUGUUCAAAACCAGGAUCAAGGAAGUGACUCGAGCCCCGAACAAACGACACUGAUCAUCACCCUUUUGAAAACUGCCCGUCUUUUGCGACUUGUCAGAGUAGCGCGCAAAUUAGAUCGCUACUCCGAAUACGGUGCUGCCGUGCUAUUCUUGCUGAUGGCAGGAUUUGCGCUGGUUGCGCACUGGCUGGCGUGCAUUUGGUAUGCAAUCGCAAAUGCCGAACGGCCUGGCUUGACAAAUAGAAUCGGCUGGCUCGAUCAACUUGCGAACACAACGUUGCAGCCCUUCAAUGACAUCGUCGAUCAUACUGGGAAGAUUUCGAAUUCCUCUGGAGGACCUCCACUUAGCGACAGGUAUAUCACGGCUCUUUACUUCACGUUUUCUUCGUUGACUUCUGUUGGCUUUGGAAACGUCAGUCCGAACACGAACAAUGAGAAAGUUUGUUCGGUCCUCAUUAUGCUCAUUGGAUCGUUGAUGUACGCUUCCAUCUUUGGAAACGUCUCGGCAAUCAUUCAACGACUCUAUUCUGGAACCGCUCGGUAUCAUGCUCAGAUGAACCGCGUUCGAGAGUUCAUCCGAUUCCACCAAAUUCCGAAUCCUCUCCGACAGCGACUAGAAGAGUACUUUCAACACGCAUGGUCGUACACAAACGGAAUCGACAUGACAAUGGUUCUCAAGGGAUUUCCUGAAUGUCUCCAGGCAGACAUUGCUCUUCAUUUGAAUCGAAAUUUGCUCAAAGGAUGCGAGGCCUUUGCUGGCAUGUCGCCUGGAUGUCUUAGGACCUUGUCACUGAAGUUUCGAACCACACAUGCACCACCCGGCGAUACUCUUGUGCAUACAGGAGAUGUUCUUACUGCGAUUUACUUCAUCUCAAGGGGGAGCUUGGAGAUCUUGAAAGAUGAUCAAGUUGUGGCCAUUCUUGGAAAGAAUGAUACCUUCGGUGAAAUAAUGAAGAACAAUAUCAGAGGCAAAUCAAGCUCCACUGUUCGAGCGCUGACUUAUUGCGACCUUCAUAAAAUCCACGCGGACGACAUUGCGAGCGUUCUGAAUAUGUAUCCAGAACAUGCUUGUGAUUUCUGGGAGAACUUAGACCUGACUUACAAUCUUCGAAAGGACUCAACUGACCCAUCGUUUCAAUCAACUCCUGUCGGUUCACCAAAAUCAUCUGUUUAUAACUUGAUUAACAGCUCGAUCGAUAUUGAUAAAGAGGAAGAUGAGCCAGUGAAGAAAGUAACUGGAGAAGAAAAAUACAUAGAACUAUCACCAAGCGUAUCUGAAACCCCGCAAAAAGAAAACUCUGAUACUCUUUCAACAAGAAUUGCAGUCAUUGAGGAUAGACUUCAGCGACUUGACUCGAAACUAAGCAGUGAGUUGAGCUCUAUAAAACUGUUACUGCUUGAGCUCACUCAAAAAGAAGUGACAAAAAGUUCAGAAGAAAAAGGAUAA